AUGAAUUAUAUUAAUUUAAGUGGCUAUAAUAUUCCAAAGAAAAUAUUUGAUGAAUUAAAUGCCUUUGAAAGGCAUAAGCUUAUGAUGUCUCUUCGCUUAUUAGAGAAAGAAAAAAAUAAAAGUGACAACGAGCAAUAUUUAAACGAUUAUGAUAUUUUAAAGAAAAAAUAUAAUUUUAUACAUGAUUCAACAGAAAAAAACUCUCUUUUACAAAAUUAUUAUAAUAGUAUAUGUAACAAAUAUGUUAUAUGCGAUUUGACAAAGUAUAAAGAAUCUAAAAUAGGUUUGAGAUGGAGAACAGAAGAAGAAAUAAUAAGUGGCAAAGGACAUAUAAUUUGUUCAUCUAAAAAAUGUAAUAAUACAGAUUUAAAAACAUAUGAAUUUUUAUUUGAAUAUAUUGAAGGAGGGGAAAAAAAAGAAACAAAAGUAAAUGUGAGAGCUUGUAUGGACUGUGCAUAUAAAUUACAUUAUAGAAAAAUUAAAGAAUAUUUGAAAAAAAAGGAAAAAAAAAAAAUGAAAAGAAAAAGAAGAAAAAAGAGAUAUAAAAAAGGAGAUUCCAGUAGUGAAUGUAAUAGCCCUUCAUCAGCACAUAACCCUAAAAAUUCAAAAUUGAAAAAGGAAAAUUUAUUUUAUGUUAAAAGAAAACUUGAAAAAUUUUCUUUGAAAACAAAAGAGGACAAGAAUGAUAAUAACACGUAUUUCCAUGAUUUACUUUUUUAA